UUGCGCGGCUAUUCAAAGCAGAACUGCUAUCCAAGGCUCUCAGUGACUCUACCUGAAGUAUUUUAAAAAUAUUAUUUGUUCUUCUUUCUGUUUUGUAGUUUAUUUAUUUUUUUCAAUAAAUUACAAUGGCGACCCCUCCAAAGAGAACGUGUGUCAGUCCGGUUCUUGACAACAGUUUUGAAAAGAGGAUUAAGAAAAUAUCUAUUGAGGGAAAUAUAGCUUCUGGAAAGUCAACGUUUGUUCGAAUGUUGGAAAGGGAGUCUGAAGAAUGGGAGGUCAUACCGGAACCAAUCGGCAGGUGGUGUAACGUGCAGACCACGGAGAAUGAGUUCGAGGAGCUGACCACCUCUCAGAAGAGUGGCGGUAACCUUCUGCAGAUGAUGUACAACAAGCCCAGCCGUUGGGCUUACACCUUCCAGGGUUAUGCGUGUCUGAGCCGUGUGCGCUCCCAGCUGCAGAAACCCUCGAUUAAGCUGCAGCAGGCAGAGAAACCGAUCCAGUUUCUUGAGCGUUCUGUCUACAGUGACCGGUAUAUCUUUGCAUCCAACUUAUAUGAGUCUGGGGAUAUGAAUGAAACCGAAUGGGCAAUAUACCAGGACUGGCACAGCUGGCUUCUGUCACAGUGUGAAUCAAAGAUUGAGCUUGACGCCAUCAUCUACAUGAGAGCUGAUCCAGAGACGUGUAUGCAGCGUCUGCAUCUACGGGGACGAGAGGAGGAACAGAGAAUCCCUCUAGAGUAUCUGGAAAAACUGCACUACAAACAUGAGUCCUGGCUGUACCACCGCAACAUCUGCACGGACUUUGAGUACCUGAAGGAUCUCCCUGUACUUGUUCUCGACGUGAACGAGGAUUUCAAACGCGACACAAUCAAACGAGCAGAAGCGAUAGACAAGGUGAAGGAGUUCCUGAGCAGCCUGUGAUAGCCGAUGGGUGCUUUCCCACUCUCUGCCGGAGGUCCACGCUGUCCGCUCUGCGGGAAAUGGACACACAAAAGAUCAUGCAACACAAGGACCUUCUCCCAACAGCAGCGCUUAAAUAUUUUUUUUGUUUUAUUGCAAUGGAUAUUGUACAUUGUAAUGCCAUUUUACAUAAUUUAUUGGUGUGUGUGUGUUUGGGUUUUAUACAUGAUUUAAAAUUUUCUAAAUUGUAACUUUUUUUUGUAGUUGAUCCAAGAGAAAUUUACUGGCCUAGGUAUUGAGAUACCCCAUUCAUAUCUCAGGUGUGUGUGUGUGUGUGUGUGUGUGUGUGUGUGUGCUUGAUGUUUCCUCUGGAUCAAGAGAUGGGGGGGGGGAGUUGUAUUACUGGAAAAAAAUACAGACAUCAGACCAUUGUUGUACAUAUAUAUAUAUUUAUUGUUUAGUGAUGCCAUGUGGCCUCACUGUCAAUGGAUGUAAACAAUUACAUCACUUAAAGGCC